CUCAAACAUCGGGUCCACUUCUACCUCUUAUUUCACCUAAAGUACUCUCGCAUCCACUCAACAAGACCUAGGUUGUCAUUACAAAUUGCUUGACGAAGUGGAAGGCUCAUCAAAAAAGGAGCAACCCUUUGAUUGAUGAUGUCAAGCUCACAGACCACCUCCAGUUUUCCUGUGUAACACUUAUAGGUCUCUAAGACUCCACUUCUAUUCUAAAUAUGUCAGAUACUCCCAAUAGGAACCCGGAGCAAGAUAUCGAAGAUGCUCGAGUCUUGUCUCGGCACUUGGACCCAGGCUACUCCGGAGACUUUGAUGGCACCAAUCCCGAGGACAUUGAUAAUGGCAAUUCAUCCAGCUCUGCAGAGCAGACUCCAGCAGAAUCAUCGCUCCGUUUGCUUGGUGGCGACAUUCACAGGGACCUCUACAGAAUCAAUGCUAGGUCUAAGAGAGCCAAGCUUCUUCAUCGAGCCGCAACCUUUUCGCAUCCAACAGAGUUCCCCGAACCUAAUCACGAUGAAAUUCCUGUUUCCGAACAGCUGGUUCCCGGAGGUUUCAGGAGACAGUUUCUCGACAGACAGGGCAGAAGAAUGAGCUACAUCACAUCGCCUGUAACGAAGAACUUCAUAUCGUUCCUUGAACUAUACGGUCAGUUUGCCGGAGAGGAUCUUGCUGAAUCUGACAACGAAGAAUCCAUCGAGGAAGAGGCCGAAAUUGAAGAAAAUGGCGAACGAAGACCACUUCUUGGGAGGAGAAAGAGUCCAAGGAUCCGGGCUCAAGGGGACGCCUCCAACGUCAAGUCAUUCUUUACCCUCCUCAAAGCUUUCAUCGGCACCGGCAUCAUGUUCCUACCAAAAGCGUUCAAGAAUGGUGGCAUGCUCUUUUCGUCGAUUACCCUUAUUACUGUAUCACUCCUCACAUGCCUCUGUUUCCAUUUACUUCUCCAAUGCCGACGACAAUAUGGAGGGGGCUAUGGAGAGCUGGGGGAGGCAAUUGGUGGCUCAAAGAUGCGAACCCUUAUUCUUGGGUCAAUCACCAUUUCCCAGAUCGGCUUUGUCUGCGCAGGCAUUAUCUUCGUCGCCGACAAUCUAUUCUCCUUCCUCAAUGCGGUUACCUCCAAUUCAACCACUCCGCUAUCUACCAAUGCGCUCAUUGGCAUUCAACUGAUUGUCCUCAUUCCGCUGUCAUAUAUCCGUAACAUCUCGAAGCUUGGCCCCGCCGCUCUGAUCGCCGAUAUAUGCAUUCUGGUUGGUCUUGUGUACAUCUACUGGUACGACAUCUCCAGCAUCAUUGACACGAAAGGCUUCAACCCCACCAUCGAACUAUUCAAUCCGCGCGAUUUUACUCUUACUGUUGGCUCCGCAAUAUUUACGUUCGAAGGAAUCGGCCUUAUCCUUCCGAUUCAAUCCAGCAUGAAGAAUCCUCAGCACUUCAACAAACUACUGUAUAUUGUCAUGUCCAUUAUUACUGUGAUCUUUACCUCGGUUGGAUUCCUAUGCUAUGGCACCUUUGGCGAUCGCGUUAGUGUGGAGGUCAUUACGAAUUUUCCACAGACUAGCAAACUCGUGAAUGCAGUCCAGUUCCUGUACGCACUGGCUGUGCUCAUUGGAACGCCGGUCCAGCUGUUCCCCGCUCUCCGCAUCAUCGAAGGCAAGCUGUUCGGUUAUCGGUCUGGCAAGCGCGAUGCUUUGACCAAGUGGAAGAAGAACCUUUUUCGGACAGUGCUCGUUCUCAUCUGCGGAUUAAUUUCUGCGGUAGGAGCAAGCGAUUUAGAUAAGUUUGUCGCCCUUAUUGGAAGUUUUGCAUGUGUUCCCCUGGUAUACAUUUAUCCUGCAUUUCUGCAUUGGAAAGGCGUGGCGGAAAGAAGAGUGAUCAAGGCCGGGGAUUUAGUGAUGAUAGGCGUGGGGAUCGUAGCAUGUGUAUAUACCACCUGUAUUACCAUUGCAAGGUGGGCCGAUACAUGAAAAGUGUGGGCGAUCUAGA